GCAGAGGAGAGGUCUUUCUAUUCACUUUUCUAGUUUCACAUUUUACUUAGAGGAGGAUGGCUGUACUGCUCCAACUGCACUGCAUUUGUUUGACGGUCUUCAUAAUUGGCUUUCGUUCUCUCUGUGCAUUACACCAAUGCGAUGAAGAACUGAGGAGGCUGAGGGAACAAGAGAAGCUUUUGAAAAGUCAGCUUGAAAAACAAGACAUCCUCCUACGCAGGCUACGACUGUUUAACCAAGCCGGCAAUGAGGCAAAUACCAAAGUUGACCAAGCCCAUACCACCCAGCAAGAAGUACUGCCAGACUGCUCCCUUCUCUACAGUUCUGGCUCCAAAGCCACCGGUUAUUACAACAUCCAACCCCAUGGCACCGCUUCUCCAAUCAGAGUCUACUGUGAUAUGAAUGAAGGUGGUGGUUGGACUCUGAUACAAAAAAGGAUUAAUGGAGCAGAAAAUUUUAAUAGGUCAUGGGUGGAAUAUAAGGUUGGGUUUGGAAACAUGAUUGCAGACCUUGGGGAGUUUUGGCUUGGGAAUGACAACCUGCAUUCUAUCACUGCACAAGGCAAUUACACACUAAGGAUUCAUCUGGAAGAUUUUGAUGGUAACCAACGGUAUGCUGAGUAUAGGAAUUUCCAAGUUGCAGAUGAAAAGGACAACUACACACUCACUUUCGGCACAUACACUGGCACAGCAGGAAACGCUCUCUCCGGGAAUUACCAGGUUGGUGUGUCAGACUGGGCCAGCCAUCAGGGCAUCCCAUUCAGCACGUAUGACAAGGACAACGACAACUACCAAGGCAGUUGUGCACAGGAAGAUAAAGGAGGCUGGUGGUUCAACAAGUGCCACUCAGCCCAUCUGAAUGGCAGGUACUACCCCGGUGGAUACUAUAGUGGACUGACAGAUGACGGUGUCGUUUGGUACACAUGGAGAGGAUGGUGGUAUUCCCUGAAAACCACCAUCAUGAAACUACGACCUGACAACUUUAAAAUUGAACCUUUGAAUGACCCGAAUGUUGUUCGCAGAGAUCCUCCAAAUUAAGUCGAAGUCAGGUUAAUAAAACUACAGCGGUGCCUUGAAAUGCGAGUUUAAUUGGUUCCAUGACGAUGAUUGUAAUUUUACAAAAAAAAAAAAAACUAGGAUCCCAAAUCGUCUUUACCCAUUGAAAUUAGUUGAAAUGCUAUUAAUCUGUUCCAGGCUUCUCCCAAAAGGAGCUUUUUUCAACGUUUUCUCAUAAGCAAAAUAGCACUGAUCUUCUGUUUAUAUACACAUGAAACACUUUAUAUAUACAGUAAGAACAAUGCAACAGUUUCUGGCAUUCAUUGUGAUUGUGAGUCAUAUUCUUUUGUGCAAACCUUAGCUAUUUGCUAUAUAUAUAUAUUUGCUAUAUAUUAGCUAUUUGGGGCCAGUAUACUUCAGGCAUCUGAAUUUGCAUAGAGACAGUCACAACUCUUUAAUCAGCUCCUGUAAUAUUACUUUUUUUAUGACAAAGAAUAUAUCAGUGGGUAUUGUGAUGUUGUCUGUCUACAUAUAAAAUCAUCUUUGUUAAAAGGAUUAUUACAUCUCAAUACAGAU